CGAGUAACUGUGGACGUCCUAUUAAGCGUUCCUUUUUCAGAUCACAAAAUACAACACUGCAACCUUCAAAGUUGUCAAAAGCAAACUUAAGAUGCGGACGACGUAAAGGUGUUUCAGUACAAAAUGGAAUUUGCUUUUGUGGAACUAUAUCGUUAAAAAAAUAUGCUCAAGGAUUUGCGCAUUUCAUAACAUCUUGGAAUCUCUUACACGUUAAUGUGUUUCUAAUAUAAAACCUACAGAAAUGGUUUCUAAGCACAGAUUAAAGCUAACACUGCUGUUUAUACUAUCUUUAGUAGUAUUUAGCUGGUGUAUUCUGUAUAGUUUCGCCUUAAACCGCACAGACAUGAGGUUAUGCUUCCUGAAUAGCUUCAGUGCUACGCCCUCUGUCUCUUUAACACAACAAAAACUCUCACACAAUAAGUACACUGCUGGUCCACAUCUCAUAGAGGACGUAAUGUUGGUUGAACCAAAGCCGAAUGGGCGAAGCAUCAUAUUUCAUGAGACCAGUUGCCCCGGGGAGAAGUACCUUAGUAAUGAGCAAAAUUUAGCCAACGUUCCCAUUAAUAUGGUGCAUCUUACCGCGCGGGAGGCAUGUGCCAUUGAAUCGGCAGCAUUACAUAAUCCCGGUUUUAACAUUUUUGUACUGUUUGCUAGUGCUGCUUAUCGCAAUGAUAACAAUACCCCGCCUGUGAUAGAAGCAAUACUCAGUUACCCAAAUGUUCAUCUUCGCAAUUUAAAUAUAUGGGCUUACGCAGCAGGAACACCAAUGUAUCAAUGGUUAAAAGAAGGCUCCCUUUUUAGAUCCAGGUAUGUGCUUUCACAUCUCUCGGACUUUUUGCGUUAUCUAACUUUGUGGCGCUGGGGUGGUACAUAUCUUGAUAUGGAUGUAGUAGUUCUGCGUAGUCUUGAGGAAUUACCCCCAAAUUAUACAGGAGCAGAAUCAAACACACAUCUUGCGGCAGGUGUAAUGAAUUUUUCACCCGUUGACUUUGGACAUGAAAUUGCGGAAAAAUGUUUACGUGAUUUCCUGAUUAAUUAUGAUGGCAGUGACUGGGGUAACAAUGGGCCGGGCGUCAUAACUCGAGUAAUGAAUGAUGUCUGCAAGACGGCCAAUAUUGAGUUAAUGAUGGAUACUAAACGCUGUAUGGGUUUCCAUAUAAUGCCAAGAGAGGCAUUUUACGCUAUUCCUUGGAUGAAUUGGGAGCAUUUCUUUGAAGCUCAGUAUCUGACUGAAACAUUAGAACUGCUUAAAAAUUCAUAUGUAGCACAUGUGUGGAACAAACAUUCCAAAAAAAGGCAUAUCAAAGUAGGAUCUAAUGCAGCUUACGGGAUAUUAGCUGAGAAACAUUGUCCGAAGGUUUACGCAGCCGCUGGCGAAUACUUUUAAAUAAAAAACGGCAACCUCGAAUGACUAAAAGGCAUUUAGGUACUACAUAUAAUAUCUUUGGGAUUGACUAAGCAGUAAAGCAUGAAUCGUAUAAAGGUCUUUUCUUAAAAUUGCCGCCUAAACUUUGUACGUCGUUGUUAUGUUUUAUAUAUAUUAUUUUGUUGAUUAUUUUUUAUACUGUUGUAUAUAUAACAGAUUUUACGACAAUCCCAAGCAAACAUUUAUUUUACAUACAUACCUGUUUCAAUUGGGUUGGUAUUAAGAGUCGUGAUCGCAAGAAAAAAUUUGAAUUUACAAAUACGAGUAUUCUAUUACUAACGAGCAAAAGUAUAUGUAUUUAAAUUUUUUAUAUUAGCAUUAGUUUAGAUAAUUGCUUGAAAAAAGUUUCGCAAAACUUAAAAAAAAUAUAAUUUUUCGUAAAUAAUUUAAAAGUAAUUGAUGUAUUGUUUCAAAACUUAACAAACGCUAAAUAGCGAUUUCUUUUCCUAGAGGCAUUAUUUUUAAGCUUCAAAAUAUUAUUUGCACGUGUGAAAGUACAAUUGUAAAAAUCUCAUGUACCCUUGAAAAAUUUACAUUCAUAAACAAUUUUUUUUUUAAAUGUAAAACCAAAGUUUGUAUAUAACUACUCAGUUCGAAUUAUACAAUUAAUCUGUUAAUAAUAUUAUAUAUUUUUUUCUUUACUAAUCGUAGUUUUAAAACGUAACCGAUUUUCUUUUCCAUAUGCUGCACUACAUGGAUUAUAAUGAAAUUGUAAAAUAUUAAUAAGCCCAGAACAAAAUGAAGUAAUGUUCUUACACACUUUUGUGGUGUAUACAGAUAACUACUCGACCAAUUCCUGCCCCAACCAAUUUCAAAUUAUUUUUAUACGCAUUGUUUCCAAGAGGGUAUAAGUUAUUGUUACGGGCAUUUGCGCUGACUUUGCUGACAAUUUCGCAACGUUAAAAAAAAAAUCGGUAUAAUACAUACAUGUAUAAAUGUACAAAUAUGAAAACGCUUUAAGGAUUUUUAAUGCAUGCGUAUAUUGGGAAGUGGCAAAAUCAUAUGAAUUUCUUGUACAGGUGACAUGUAUACUUUCAAACAGUUUGAUUAUGAAAUGUAUAAACUAUGUUAUAAGAUUGUUAUAUAUAAGCAAUAUAGUGUUAUAAUAAUAAAAUAUGCACCAACUUACAUAA